UCGAAUUGGAUUACCUCACUAUCUAUUUAAUAAAUAGAUCGGUUUUGGAUUGGUAAAUUUUUAAUCCAAUCUACAUGCAAUCCAUAUCUAAAUAGUAAAUACCAUCCCCAUAUUCAGUGUCUUUUUAUAAAAAAAAAAAUUGAGGAAAAAAAACGUACCCAGGGCUGAUGGGAGGCUAGGUCUAUCAACCAUCCAAUGUGAUGAAACCGCAUCAAUCUUUACAUGCCGGUAGACCAAACCAUCUGGCUCUCGCCUUCCUCGAAGCAGCACCAGCCACCGAGUCAAAUCACGAACCCCAUGUGCAACGGUUAACCGCUCCGAUCGCGCCCAGGCUCCAAGCCGCAUAGGUCAAGAAACAAAACUUUAAACGCGUUUUCUCCUCCGAAUCAUCAAGACCGAUACGCGGACUCCUUCAAGCCUCAAGAACACGAAGCAUUUCGUAACGACUUUAAAAACGACUCCGCGUCCGACCCCACCGUCACACUCAAGAGAAGGACUCCCUUCCCUUCCCUUCCCUUCCCCUUCCCAUAUUUAUUCCUUCUCUUCCCAAUAUUAAGUCCUCCGUCGCCAAAGAAGAGGAAGGAAAAGAAAGGAAAAACACCCAGCGAUUGAUACCUUCCUCUUCGCCGUGGCAAUGCCUUGUUCUCUCCAAGAAAUCGUGGCCUCGGCUCUUCUCCUCGCCCUCCUCCUCCUCUUCCCCUCUCCCUCCGACGCGAUCCGCUCCUUCCCCGCUGCAGCCGCGCUGUUCGCGGAGGCGCCCCAGUUCCGGAACGGCGAUGGCUGCCCUGCUUCCCCUCUCCGCGGUUGCGUCACCACCUGCGACCCCUCCCACGUCCACAUCGCCAUGACCCUCGACUCCCACUACCUCCGCGGCUCUAUCGCCGCCGUCUUCUCCAUCCUCAAGCACGCCUCCUGCCCCGAAUCCAUCUUCUUCCACUUCGUCGUCUCCGCCGGCCCCUCCUCCUCCGACCUCUACCGCACCGUGCGCUCCGUCUUCCCUUCCCUCCGGUUCAAGAUCUACCCCUUCCAGGAGAAUUUGGUCCGCGGCCUCAUCUCCGCCUCCAUCCGGGAGGCGCUCGAGAACCCCCUCAACUACGCCCGCAACUACCUCGCGGAUCUCCUCGAGCCCUGCGUCAAGCGGGUCAUCUACCUCGACUCCGACCUCGUCGUCGUCGACGACAUCCGCCGCCUCUGGGACAUGCGCCUCCCUGAGUCGGCGGUGAUCGCCGCGCCGGAGUACUGCCACGCCAACUUGACCCGCUACUUCACGGCGGAGUUCUGGGAGGGCGGGGACGGGCAGAGGGUUUUCCACGGGCGGCGGCGGACACCGUGCUACUUCAAUACCGGGGUGAUGGUGAUGGACAUGGAGCGGUGGCGAGCCGGGGAGUACCGACAGAAGAUCGAACACUGGAUGAAGAUGCAGCAGAGGAGGCGGUUCUACGAGCUGGGUUCGCUGCCCCCUUUCCUGCUCGUGUUCGCCGGCGAGGUGGAGGGGGUGGACCACCGCUGGAACCAGCACGGCCUCGGCGGCGACAACUUGUCCGGGAACUGCCGGCCGCUCCACCCGGGGCCGGUGAGCCUGAUGCACUGGAGCGGCAAGGGCAAACCAUGGGUCCGCCUCGACGCCGGCAAGCCCUGCCCUCUCGAUCGCCUCUGGGCCCCCUACGAUCUCUACCUCCCACCGCCCUCGUCCUCCGCCUCCGUCUCCGACUCCUCCGCCGCCUCUCUCUUUUCUUUAUAGAUUAUAUCCGUCGAUUCCGUUCCUUUAUUUUUGGGUGGCGAUCCCGUCACCUCCGCCGGCGCUGUACAGCAAAGAAAGAGAGAUCCGCAGUGGAGAAUACCGCUCAGAGAGAUGCAGAGACGAGCAUUGAUCUCGUUUGUUCGUUUUGUUCGAUUACGGAUUCUUUUUGAUCUGGAUCUCUGCAGAACAUGGCUCGAUUGCUUCAUUCAUUCCCCCCUUCUUUUUUCCUUUCUCAUUGAUGUGUAGAGAGAAGGAUGUUCGAUUGAUUUCUUGUCGAUAAAAAUUUUGGGAGUUUGUUAUUCUUCUUGAAUUCUUUUGGAAAACUCUUCUCAUCUUCUGAUGAUAGGAGUGAUGAUGGCUUGAGGGACGGUGGAGUUUGAUGUUCGCCAACCACCGUUGGUGAAUUCUGCCGUUCGAUUUGUUUGUAAGCAUAAUUACAAUAAUAAUAAAAUCGAUUUAUUUCUUUCCUUCC